GCGCCGAUGCGAAGAAGAUGCAAUGGCUUUGGGUACAGCUUCGAUGGCGGAUGACGGCAAACUCCGACUUCAACACAUAAAUAGGUCACGGAAGCCCCCGAAACCCGGCAUCGAGAGCAACGACCCCUCUCUAUCUUGCCAGGAGCAGCGCAUUGUUCCGAACAGCCACGACGCCGCCCGCCACAAUGGCUCCAUCGGCACACUUGCGGACCAUGACAACGCUUGCCCAUCUUGCCGCCAUGGCCGCGGCAGUGGGCGAGUUCCAUGUCCCAAGCUUCUACGCCUUCUCACCCAGUGGGCGGCCGGGCAACAGCGGGUAUUGCCGCAUGAAUUUCACCAUCAUCGACACCCAGACGGCCGACGAGACCGAGUGCCACCCGUUCUUCACCUGCUACGAGGUGAACGACCAGCCCUUUGUGGCCUUCCCCGAUGCCACGGCCCCCGUGGUGUGCGACGACGACGCCUUCAAGGUGUACCUGGAGGAAUACACCAGCAUUGGCAGCUUCCGCCUGCAUGUCGAGCACUGUGCCGCCGGCGCGGCAGCACCGAACGAGGGCGUGAGCGACGUCAUCAGCUACGACAACUACUCGCGGGCCGACGGGUACGUCUUCAUCUGCGGCGCGAGUGGCGUGUGCGAGUCCAGAUUCGACAAUCCGGCCGUGCCCAUUGUCGUGCCAUUCAUUAUCUAGUCGAGACGGCUUGGAACAUACAAAAUUUGGUGGACCAGCAUUGGCAGCAAUGGAAAGGGCUAGGGAACGCGCUUCUGCCAGCAUCGGCGAGCCCGUUUGACCACAUUUUGCUCGACACUGUCCAGGACUGCUCCGUUAGUUACUGAAGUCUCGUGUGAGUUGUGCUGUGUCGUGGCGCUCACUAGCUGGCUGGCCGCAAGAGCAAGCAACAGCUGUUGCAUAUGGGCAACGAGGGAGUGCCCCGCGACUUGGUAGUAAUACUG